AUGGAUCACUCCUCUUUCAGCGGUGCGCCCCGCUUCCUAACCCGGCCCAAAGCUUUCGUGGUGUCGGUGGGCAAAGACGCCACGUUGAGCUGCCAGAUCGUGGGAAACCCCACGCCGCAAGUGAGCUGGGAGAAGGACCGGCAGCCGGUGAGGGCGGGCGCUCGCUUCCGCCUGGCGCAGGACGGCGACCUGUACCGCCUCACCAUCCUGGACCUGGCGCUGGGUGACAGCGGGCAGUAUGUAUGCCGCGCGCGCAACGCCAUUGGAGAGGCCUUCGCGGCGGUUGGCCUGCAGGUGGACGCCGAGGCCGCGUGCGCCGAACAGGCACCCCACUUCCUGCUGCGGCCCACAUCCAUCCGCGUGCGCGAGGGCGCCGAGGCCACCUUCCGCUGCCGCGUGCGCGGUUCGCCGCCUAUGUCCGUGAGCUGGGCCAAGGAUGGGCGGCGCCUGGGCGCGCAGGACGCUCCCCGAGUGCGCGUCGAGGAGAGCGGCGAGGCGAGCGCGCUGCGCAUCCAAGCCGCGCGGCCGCGCGACAGCGGCACCUACAUGGUGCACGCGGAGAACCCGCUGGGCGCCGCCAGCGCCGCCGCCGGGCUGACGGUGGACCCGGAUGCAGAAGCAGCCGGCCCGCCCGGGGCCUCCACAGCCAUGCUCCUGGCGCACCUGCAGCGGCGGCGCGAGGCCAUGCGCGCCGAGGGCGCCCCCGCCUCACCUCCUAGCUCCGGCACGCGCACCUGCACGGUGACUGAGGGCAAGCACGCGCGCCUCAGCUGCUUCGUGACGGGCGAGCCCAAGCCUGAGAUCGUGUGGAAGAAGGAUGGGCAGCUGGUGGCCGAGGGCCGGCGCCACGUGGUGUACGAGGACGAGCAGGAGAACUUCGUGCUCAAGAUCCUCUUCUGCAAGCAGUCCGACUGUGGCCUCUAUACCUGCACGGCGUCCAACCUCGUGGGCCAGACCUACAGCUCCGUGCUAGUCGUCGUGAGAGAGCCCAUGGUGCCCUUCAGAAAGCGUCUGCAGGACCUGGAGGUGCCGGAGAAAGCAUCGGCCACGUUCCAGUGUGAGGUGCCGCUGCCGGCCAUGGAGUCUGCGUGGUACAAGGAGGAGACGCGGCUGUGGGCCAGUGCCAAGUACCUCAUCGAGGAGGCUGGCACUGAGCGCCGACUGACGGUGCUCAAUGUCUCCUCCGACGAUGACGCGGUGUACAUCUGCGAGACAGCAGAGGGCAGUCGCACGGUGGCUGAGCUGGCGGUGCAAGGUAACCUCCUUCGAAAGCUCCCGAGGAAGACAGCUGUGCGAGUGGGAGACACGGCCAUGUUCUGUGUGCAGCUGGCCAAGCCAGAGGGCCCCGUCCACUGGCUGCGGAACCAGAAGGAGGUGGUGGCCGGGGGCCGAGUGGCCAUUACUGCUGAAGGCACCUGCCACACGCUGACCAUCUCCCAGUGCAGCCUGGAGGAUGUGGGUGAGGUGGCCUUUGUGGCUGGGGACUGCCGGACGUCCACUCAGUUCUGUGUGUCAGCUCCCAGGAGGCCGCCCCUGCAUGCUCCUGAGGCCCCUGUGGUGAAGGCCAGGACGGAGAGCUCCGUGACCCUUGGCUGGUCUCCACCACCCCAUGGGGACUGCCCUGUUGCUAUUGAUGGCUACCUGGUGGAGAAGAAGAGACUGGGCGCCUACACCUGGACCCGGUGUCAUGAGGAUGAGUGGGUGGCCUCUCCUGAGCUGACUGUGGCUGGCGUGGCCGAGGAGGGGGACUUCCAGUUCAGGGUGUCAGCUGUGAACAGCUUUGGCCAGAGCCCCUACCUCGAGUUCCCGGGAACUGUACACCUGGUCCCCCAGCUGGCUGUGAAAAUACCUCUGAAAGCGGUGGAGGCAGUGGAAGGCGGCGAGGUGACCUUCUCUGUGGACCUCACUGCGGCCUCAGCAGGGGAGUGGUUCCUGGACGGGCAGGUCCUGAAGGCCAGCAGCGUGUAUGUGAUACGCUGUGACGGCACCCGGCACACGCUCACCAUUCGCUCGGUGCCUGUCAGCCUGCACGGCGCCGAGCUCAAGUUCGUGGCCAAUGGCAUCGAGAGCAGUAUUCGCAUGGAGGUCCGAGCAGCCCUGGGGCUGACGCCUAAGUACCCGGCAGCUGCAGUGGCAGCACGGGAGGUGCUGGCCCGGCUGCACGAGGAGGCCCAGCUCCUGGCCGAGCUAUCCGACCAGGCUGCAGCUGUGACGUGGCUCAAGGACGGACGCGCACUGUCUCCAGGCCCCAAGUAUGAAGUGCAGGCAUCAGCCGGGCAGUGGGCACUGCUGGUGCGGGACGUGAAGCGAGAAGAUGCAGGCCUGUAUGAGUGCGUCAGCCACGGGGACCGCAUCGCCUACCAGCUGUUGGUGCAAGGCCUUACACCUUUUUCGCACAAGGACAGGGCUGGUGGCUGUGUGGAUGCCUUGGCCGGGGACCCAGCCCGCUUUGAAUGUGAGACCUCAGAGGCCCAUGUGCAUGUCCAUGGGUACAAGGAUGGCGUGGAGCUCGGUCACUCCUGCCAGUGCUUCUCACAGGAGGACGUGGGCACGUGGCAUGGGCUGGUGGCUACCUCAGUCACUGUGCAGGAUGAGGGCACCUACUUGUGCCGAGUGGGCAAGGACUCUGUGGACUUGCGGUUGUGUGUCUGUGAGCCCUCGGCGGUGUUCGCCAAGGAGCAGCCGGCACGCAGUGAAGUGCAGGCCGUGGCGGGGGCCAGCGCCACGCUGAGCUGCGAGGUGGCCCAGGCCCAGACGGAGGUGACGUGGUACAAGGACGGGAAGAAGCUGAGUUCGAGCUCGAAAGUGCGUGUGGAGGCCACGGGCCGUGGGCGGCGGCUGGUGGUGCAGCAGGCGGGCAAGGCCGACGCUGGGGAGUACAGCUGUGAGGCCGGGGGCCAGAGGGUGUCCUUCCACCUGGAUGUCACAGAGCCCUCGGUGGUGUUCGCCAAGGAGCAGCCGGCACGCAGUGAAGUGCAGGCCGUGGCGGGGGCCAGCGCCACGCUGAGCUGCGAGGUGGCCCAGGCCCAGACGGAGGUGACGUGGUACAAGGACGGGAAGAAGCUGAGUUCGAGCUCGAAAGUGCGUGUGGAGGCCACGGGCCGUGGGCGGCAACUGGUGGUGCAGCAGGCAGGCAAGGCCGACGCUGGGGAGUACAGCUGCGAGGCCGGGGGCCAGAGGGUGUCCUUCCACCUGGAUGUCACAGAGCCCUCGGUGGUGUUCGCCAAGGAGCAGCCGGCACGCAGUGAAGUGCAGGCCGUGGCAGGGGCCAGCGCCACGCUGAGCUGCGAGGUGGCCCAGGCCCAGACGGAGGUGACGUGGUACAAGGACGGGAAGAAGCUGAGUUCGAGCUCGAAAGUGCGUGUGGAGGCCACGGGCCGUGGGCGGCGGCUGGUGGUGCAGCAGGCGGGCAAGGCCGACGCCGGGGAGUACAGCUGCGAGGCCGGGGGCCAGAGGGUGUCCUUCCAUCUGGAUGUCACAGAGCCCUUGGUGGUGUUUGCCAAGGAGCAGCCGGCACGCAGUGAAGUGCAGGCCGUGGCGGGGGCCAGCGCCACGCUGAGCUGCGAGGUGGCCCAGGCCCAGACGGAGGUGACGUGGUACAAGGACGGGAAGAAGCUGAGUUCGAGCUCGAAAGUGCGUGUGGAGGCCACGGGCCGUGGGCGGCGGCUGGUGGUGCAGCAGGCGGGCAAGGCUGACGCCGGGGAGUACAGCUGCGAGGCCGGGGGCCAGAGGGUGUCCUUCCACCUGGAUGUCACAGAGCCCUCAGUGGUGUUUGCCAAGGAGCAGCCGGCACGCAGUGAAGUGCAGGCCGUGGCGGGGGCCAGCGCCACGCUGAGCUGCGAGGUGGCCCAGGCCCAGACGGAGGUGACGUGGUACAAGGACGGGAAGAAGCUGAGUUCGAGCUCGAAAGUGCGUGUGGAGGCCACGGGCCGUGGGCGGCGGCUGGUGGUGCAGCAGGCGGGCAAGGCUGACGCCGGGGAGUACAGCUGCGAGGCCGGGGGCCAGAGGGUGUCCUUCCACCUGGAUGUCACAGAGCCCUCGGUGGUGUUUGCCAAGGAGCAGCCGGCACGCAGUGAAGUGCAGGCCGUGGCAGGGGCCAGCGCCACGCUGAGCUGCGAGGUGGCCCAGGCCCAGACGGAGGUGACGUGGUACAAGGAUGGGAAGAAGCUGAGUUCGAGCUCGAAAGUGCGUGUGGAGGCCACGGGCCGUGGGCGGCGGCUGGUGGUGCAGCAGGCGGGCAAGGCCGACGCCGGGGAGUACAGCUGCGAGGCCGGGGGCCAGAGGGUGUCCUUCCACCUGGAUGUCACAGAGCCUUCGGUGGUGUUUGCCAAGGAGCAGCCGGCACGCAGUGAAGUGCAGGCCGUGGCGGGGGCCAGCGCCACGCUGAGCUGCGAGGUGGCCCAGGCCCAGACGGAGGUGACGUGGUACAAGGACGGGAAGAAGCUGAGUUCGAGCUCGAAAGUGCGUGUGGAGGCCACGGGCCGUGGGCGGCGGCUGGUGGUGCAGCAGGCGGGCAAGGCCGACGCCGGGGAGUACAGCUGCGAGGCCGGGGGCCAGAGGGUGUCCUUCCACCUGGAUGUCACAGAGCCCUCGGUGGUGUUCGCCAAGGAGCAGCCGGCACGCAGUGAAGUGCAGGCCGUGGCGGGGGCCAGCGCCACGCUGAGCUGCGAGGUGGCCCAGGCCCAGACGGAGGUGACGUGGUACAAGGACGGGAAGAAGCUGAGUUCGAGCUCGAAAGUGCGUGUGGAGGCCACGGGCCGUGGGCGGCGGCUGGUGGUGCAGCAGGCGGGCAAGGCCGACGCCGGGGAGUACAGCUGCGAGGCCGGGGGCCAGAGGGUGUCCUUCCACCUGGAUGUCACAGAGCCCUCAGUGGUGUUUGCCAAGGAGCAGCCGGCACGCAGUGAAGUGCAGGCCGUGGCGGGGGCCAGCGCCACGCUGAGCUGCGAGGUGGCCCAGGCCCAGACGGAGGUGACGUGGUACAAGGACGGGAAGAAGCUGAGUUCGAGCUCGAAAGUGCGUGUGGAGGCCACGGGCCGUGGGCGGCGGCUGGUGGUGCAGCAGGCGGGCAAGGCCGACGCUGGGGAGUACAGCUGUGAGGCCGGGGGCCAGAGGGUGUCCUUCCACCUGGAUGUCACAGAGCCCUCGGUGGUGUUUGCCAAGGAGCAGCCGGCACGCAGUGAAGUGCAGGCCGUGGCGGGGGCCAGCGCCACGCUGAGCUGCGAGGUGGCCCAGGCCCAGACGGAGGUGACGUGGUACAAGGACGGGAAGAAGCUGAGUUCGAGCUCGAAAGUGCGUGUGGAGGCCACGGGCCGUGGGCGGCGGCUGGUGGUGCAGCAGGCGGGCAAGGCCGACGCCGGCGAGUACAGCUGUGAGGCCGGGGGCCAGAGGGUGUCCUUCCACCUGGAUGUCACAGAGCCCUCGGUGGUGUUUGCCAAGGAGCAGCCGGCACGCAGGGAAGUGCAGGCCGUGGCGGGGGCCAGCGCCACGCUGAGCUGCGAGGUGGCCCAGGCCCAGACGGAGGUGACGUGGUACAAGGACGGGAAGAAGCUGAGUUCGAGCUCGAAAGUGCGUGUGGAGGCCACGGGCCGUGGGCGGCGGCUGGUGGUGCAGCAGGCGGGCAAGGCCGACGCCGGGGAGUACAGCUGCGAGGCCGGGGGCCAGAGGGUGUCCUUCCACCUGGAUGUCACAGAGCCCAUGGCUGUGUUUGCCAAGGAGCAGCCACCCUCAGUGGUGUUUGCCAAGGAGCAGCCAGCACACAGCGAAGUACAGGCCGUGGCGGGGGCCAGCGCCACGCUGAGCUGCGAGGUGGCCCAGGCCCAGACGGAGGUGACAUGGUACAAGGACGGGAAGAAGUUGAGUUCAAGCUCAAAACUGCAUGUGGAGGCCACGGGCUGCACCCGGCAGCUGGUGGUGCAGCAGGCGGGGAAGGUAGAUGCUGGAGAGUAUAGCUGUAAAGCCAGGGGCCAGAAGGUCUCCUUUCACCUGGAUGUCACAGAGCCCUCGGUGGUGUUUGCCAAGGAGCAGCCGGCACACAGCAAAGUGCAGGCCGUGGUGGCGGCCAGUGCCACGCUGAGCUGCGAGGUGGCCCAGGCCCAGACGGAGGUGACGUGGUACAAGGAUGGGAAGAAGCUGAGUGCAAGCCCAAAAGUGUGCAUGGAGGCCACAGGCUGCACCCGGAGGCUGGUGGUGCAGCAGGCGGGCAAGGCUGACGCCGGGGAGUACAGCUGCGAGGCUGGGGGCCAGAGGGUCUCCUUCCACCUGAAUGUCACAGAGCGUGAACCCUCAACCCCGGAGAGACCCAGACGCAGGGAACCUCUGGUCGUCAAGGAACACGAGGACAUCGUCCUGACAGCCACGCUGGCCACACCCUCUGUGGCUGCGGUGACAUGGCUCAAGGAUGGUGUGGAGAUUCGCCGCAGCAAGCGGCAUGAGAUGGCCAGCCUGGGGGACACCCACACCCUGACCGUGCGUGACGCGCAGACCCUGGACAGUGCCAUCUAUAGCUGCCGCGUGGGCACAGAAGGGCAGGACUUCCCGGUGCAGGUGGAAGAGGUGGCUGCCAAGUUCUGCCAUCCCCUGGAGCCCGUGAGCGGGGAGCUGGGCGGCACAGUGACGCUGGUCUGCGAGCUGAGCCCGGCGCAGGCCGAGGUGGUGUGGCGCUGUGGGAACACGCCGCUCCGAGCCGGCAAACGCUUCCAGAUGGCGGCGGCGGGGCUUCAGCGCUCGCUUACUGUGUUGGGCCUGCGGGCAGAGGAUGCGGGGGAGUACGUGUGCGAGAGCCGCGACGACCACACCAGUGCCAUGCUCACUGUUAAUGUUCCCCGUGUGGUCAAGUUUACGUCUGAGCUGAGCGCUGUGGUUGCGGAGGAGGGCUGUGAGGCUACCUUCCAAUGCGUGGUGACCCCCAGUGACGUGGCGGUGAUGUGGUUCCGGGAUGGCGCCCAGCUGCAGUCCAGCAAGAAGUUCCUCAUAUCACAGAAGGGUGCCAGCCACAGCCUGACCAUCUUGGGCCUGGCCCUGGAGGAUGCCGGCCAGAUCACUGUGGAGGCUGAGGGCAUCAAGUCUGAGGCUGCCCUCCGGGUCCGAGAGGCUCCAGUGUUGUUCAAAAAGAAGCUGGAGCCGCAGACCGUGGAGGAGCGGAGCUCGGUGACCAUGGAGGUGGAGCUGACGCGGCCGUGGCCGCAGGUCAAGUGGACACGCAACGCCGCGGCCCUGGCGCCGGGCAAGAAUGUGGACAUCCACGCCGAGGGCUCAAGUCACAGCUUGGUUCUCCGCAGUGUGGGUUUCGCUGACCGCGGUUUCUAUGGCUGCGAGACCCCAGAUGAUAAGACGCAGGCCAAGCUGACUGUGGAAAUGCGCCAGGUCCGGCUUGUGCGGGGCCUGCAGGCAGUGGAGGCGCAGGAGCAGGGCUCGGUCACAAUGGAAGUAGAGCUGUCCCAUGCCGAUGUGGAGGGCAUCUGGACUCGAGACGGCCUUCGGCUCCAGCCGGGACCCGCAUGCCAGCUGGCGGUGCACGGCCCCACCCACACCCUCACGCUGUCCGGGCUGCAGAGGCAGGACAGCGGUCUGGUUGCCUUCAGGGCAGAGGGCGUGCACACGUCUGCGCAUCUGGUGGUUACUGAGCUGCCUGUGACAUUCAGCCGCCCUCUGCAGGACGUGGUGGCCACGGAAAAGGACAAGGUGGUCCUGGACUGUGAGCUCUCACGCCCCAAUGUGGAUGUGCGCUGGUUGAAGGAUGAUGUGGAGCUGCGAGUGAGCAAGACCGUGGGCAUGGUGGCCCAGGGGGCCUGCAGGAGUCUCAUCAUUUACCGAUGUGAGCCUGGGGACCAGGGCGUGUAUGUGUGUGAUGCCCACGAUGCUCGGAGCUCAGCCUCCCUGAAGGUGCAAGGCCGAAACAUCCAGAUCGUGAGGCCCCUGGAGGACGUGGAAGUGAUGGAGAAGGAGGGCGCCACCUUCUCCUGCGAGGUCUCCCAUGACGAGGUGCCUGCCCAGUGGUUCCGGGAGGGCAGUAAGCUUCGGCCCAGUGACAAUGUACGGAUCCGUCAGGAAGGAAGAAAAUAUACUCUCAUCUAUCGGAGGGUCCUGGUAGAAGAUGCAGGGGAAAUCAAAUUCGUAGCAGACCAUGCAGAAUCACGAGCCCAGCUCCGGGUGAAAGAGCUGCCAGUGUCCAUCCUGCGCCCACUGCGGGACAAGAUCGCGAUGGAGAAGCACCGCGGCGUGCUCGAGUGCCAGAUGUCGAGGGCCAGCGCCCAGGUGCGGUGGUUCAAGGGUGGCGUGGAACUGCAGCCUGGGGCCAAGUAUGAGAUGGUCAGUGACGGCCUCUACCGCAAGCUGGUCAUCCACGCCGUCCAGCCUGAGGACGAGGACACCUACACCUGCGAUGCCGGCGACGUUCAGACCAGUGCCCAGUUCUUUGUGGAAGAGCAGUCCAUCACUAUCGUGCGGGGCCUGCAGGAUGUGACGGUGCUGGAGCCUGCCCCGGCCUGGUUCGAGUGUGAGACCUCCAUCCCCUCGGUGCGGCCAGCCAAGUGGCUCCUGGGGAAGACGGUGCUGCAGGCGGGGGCUGACGUGGGAAUAGAACAGGAGGGCACCGUGCAUCGGCUGACCCUGCGACGUACCUGCUCCACCAUGACGGGGCCGGUGCACUUCACCAUUGGCAAAUCACGCUCCACCGCCUGCCUGGUCGUCUCAGACAUUCCCGUGGUGCUCACACGGCCCCUGGAGCCCAAGGUGGGGCGCGAGCUGCAGUCGGUAGUCCUGUCUUGUGACUUCAAGCCACCCCCCAAGGCCGUGCAGUGGUACAAGGAGGAGACGCCCCUGGCGCCGUCUGGCAAGUUCAAGAUGAGGCUGGAGGGCCACAUGGCGGAGCUGCGCGUCCUGCGGCUCACACCCGCGGAUGCUGGUGUCUACCGGUGCCAGGCCGGCAGCGCCCAGAGCAGCGCUGAGGUCACCGUGGAAGUGCGGGCGGUGACGGUGAUGCAGCCACUGCAGGACUUGGAGGUCACGGAGGAGGGCUCUGCCUGCUUCUCCUGCGAGCUGUCCCAUGAGGACGAGGAGCUGGAGUGGUCGCUCAAUGGGACGCCGCUGUAUAACGACAGCUUCCACGAGAUUAAGCAUGAGGGCCGCCGCCACACGCUGGUCCUGAAGCAGGUCCAGCGGGCUGACACGGGCACUGUAUGUGCCUCCUCCCCCAAGGUUAAGGCCUCGGCCCGCCUGGAGGUCAAAGGGAAGCCGGUGGUGUUCCUGAAGGCAUUGGAUGACGUGUCCGUGGAGGAGAGGGGCACGCUGGCCUUGCAGUGUGAAGUCUCUGACCACCAGGCCCAUGUGGUGUGGCGAAAGGACGGCGUGGAGUUGAGCCCCAGUGACAAGUAUGACUUCCAGGACACAGCGGGCACUCGGGGACUUGUGGUGCAUGACCUGAGCCGCGACGAUGCUGGCCUGUACACGUGCGACGUGGGCACCGAUGAGACCCGCGCCCAAGUCAGCGUGCACGAGCUGCACGUGGGCAUCACCAAGAGGCUGAAGACAGUGGAGGUGCUGGAGGGCGAGAGCUGCAGCUUCGAGUGCGUCCUGUCCCACGAGAACACUGGCGAUGUGGCUGUGUGGACGGUUGGUGGGAAGACCGUGGGCAGCUCUGGCCGCUUCCACGCCACACGCCAGGGCCGCAAGUAUACUCUGGCUGUCCGAGACGCUGGUCCAAGUGACGCUGGGGAGGUGGUCUUCUCUGUGCGGGGCCUCACCUCCAAGGCCUCGCUCAUCGUCAGAGAGAGGCCAGUCGACAUUAUGAAGCCCCUGGAAGACCAGCAGGCCAUGCUGGGUGAGGAUGUGGUGCUCAGGUGUGAGCUGUCACAGGAAGGGACCCCAGUGCGCUGGCUGAAGGACGGGAAGGCCAUUCGCAAGAGUCAGAAGUAUGAGCUGCUCACCGAAGGCACUCAGGCCACGCUGGUCGUCCAUGCAGCCUCACUCAAAGAUUCGGGCGAGUACACGUGCGAGACGGAGGCUUCCAAAAGCACAGCCAGCCUCCGAGUGGAAGAAAAGCCAAACCGGUUCACGGAGGAGCUGGCCAACCUGCAGGUGGAGGAGCGGGGCACAGCCGUGUUCGCCUGCAAGACGGAGCGCCCCGCGGCCUCCGUGACCUGGCGCAAGGGCUUCACAGAGCUGCGAGCUUCGGAGAAGCAUGCCCCCAGCCAGGAGGGCCUAACCUUGAGGCUCACCAUCACUGCCCUGGAGAAGGCGGACAGCGACACCUACAUCUGUGACAUCGGCCAGGCCCAGUCCCAGGCUCGGCUCCUGGUGAAAGGCCAGAAAGUGCUCAUCCUGGAGGACCUGGAGGACGUGGAGGUGCGGGAGGGCUCCUCAGCCACCUUCUGCUGCCGUAUCUCCCCUGCCGACUACAAGCCCGUCCACUGGUUCUUGGACAAAACCCCCCUGUCUGCCAACGAACUCAAUGAGAUCGAGGCCCAGCCAGGCGGCUACCAUGUGCUCACCCUGCGGCAGCUGGCGCUCAAGGACUCGGGCACCCUCCAUUUUGAGGCUGGAGACCAGCGGACCUCAGCUGCCUUGAGGGUCACAGAGAAGCCAAGUGCUUUCUCCCAGGAGCUCACAGAUGCCACCGUCACGGAAGGGGAGGAUCUGACCCUGGUCUGUGAGACUGCUGCCUCAGACGCCCCUGUGUGCUGGACCAAGGACGGGAAGGCCCUGCGGCCGUCGGCCCGGUGCCGGCUGACCUACGAGGGCCGCUGGGCCCAACUGGUCAUCACCGACACCACCCUUCAGGACAGCGGGCGCUACAAGUGUGAGGCUGGGGGUGCCUGGACCAGCUCCAUUGUCAGGGUCCAUGCUCGGCCAGUGCAGUUCCGAGAGGGGCUGAAGGACAUGGAGAUGCUGGAGGGUGGUGCUGCCACCCUGCGCUGCGUGCUGUCAUCGGUGGCCACGCCUGUGGAGUGGUGUCGUGGAGAUGAGGUUCUGCGGCCUGGAGGCAAGUACAGCGUGCGGCAGGAAGGUACCAUGCUGGAACUGGUAGUCCGGGACCUGCGGCCUCAGGACAGCGGGCAGUACUCCUGCAGCUUUGGGGACCAGACGACCUCAGCCAGGCUCACCGUAAAGGCCUUGCCUGCUGAGUUCAUAGGAAGACUGAGAAGCAAAGAGGCCACGGAAGGGACCAUGGCCACGCUGCGCUGUGAGCUGAGCAAGGAAGCCCCUGUGGAGUGGAGGAAGGGGCCUGACACCCUCAGAGCUGGAGACAGAGUGAGCCUGAGGCAGGAUGGAGCCGUGUGUGAGCUGGAGAUCCGUGGCCUGACCGUGGAGGAUGCCGGGGAGUACUCCUGUGUGUGCGGGCAGGAGAGGACCUCAGCCACACUCACCGUCAGGGCUCUGCCUAGCAAGUUCACCAAGGGUCUGAGGAAGGAGGAGGCUACAGAAGGGGCCAUGGCCACACUGCACUGUGAACUGAGCAAGGAAGCCCCCGUGGAGUGGAGGAAGGGGCCUGAGACCCUCAAGGCUGGAGACAGAGUGAUCCUGAGGCAGGACGGAGCCGUGUGUGAGCUGGAGAUCCAUGGCCUGACCGUGGAGGAUGCCGGGGAGUACUCCUGUGUGUGCGGGCAGGAGAGGACCUCAGCCAUGCUCACCAUCAGGGCUCUGCCUAGCAAGUUCACCAAGGGUCUGAGGAAGGAGGAGGCUACAGAAGGGGCCAUGGCCACACUGCACUGUGAACUGAGCAAGGAAGCCCCCGUGGAGUGGAGGAAGGGGCCUGAGACCCUCAAGGCUGGAGACAGAGUGAUCCUGAGGCAGGACGGAGCCGUGUGUGAGCUGGAGAUCCAUGGCCUGACCGUGGAGGAUGCCGGGGAGUACUCCUGUGUGUGCGGGCAGGAGAGGACCUCAGCCAUGCUCACUAUCAGGGCUCUGCCUAGCAAGUUCACCAAGGGUCUGAGGAAGGAGGAGGCUACAGAAGGGGCCAUGGCCACACUGCACUGUGAACUGAGCAAGGAAGCCCCCGUGGAGUGGAGGAAGGGGCCUGAGACCCUCAAGGCUGGAGACAGAGUGAUCCUGAGGCAGGACGGAGCCGUGUGUGAGCUGGAGAUCCAUGGCCUGACCGUGGAGGAUGCCGGGGAGUACUCCUGUGUGUGCGGGCAGGAGAGGACCUCAGCCAUGCUCACCAUCAGGGCUCUGCCUAGCAAGUUCACCAAGGGUCUGAGGAAGGAGGAGGCUACAGAAGGGGCCACGGCCACACUGCACUGUGAACUGAGCAAGGCAUCCCCUGUGGAGUGGAGGAAGGGGCCGGAGAUCCUCAGAACCGGGGACAGAGUGAUCCUGAGGCAGGAUGGGGCUGUGUGUGAGCUGGAGAUCCGUGGCCUGACUGUGGAGGAUGCCGGGGAGUACUCGUGCGUGUGUGGGCAAGAGAGGACCUCAGCCACGCUCACUGUCAGGGCCCUGCCCGCCAAGUUCACAAAGGGCCUGAGGAAGGAGGAGGCCACAGAAGGGACCACAGCCACACUGCGCUGCGAACUGAGCAAGGCAGCCCCCGUGGAGUGGAGGAAGGGGCCUGAGAUCCUCAGAGCCGGGGACAGAGUGAGCCUGAAGCAGGAUGGGCCCAUGUGUGAGUUGGAGAUCCAUGGCCUGGCUGUGGAGGAUGCCGGGGAGUACUCCUGUGUGUGCGGGCAGGAGAGGACCUCAGCCACACUCACCGUCAGGGCCCUGCCUGCUCAGUUCAUCCAAGAUCUGAAGACCAAGGAGGCCACAGAAGGGACCACAGCCACACUGCACUGUGAGCUGAGCAAGGAAGCCCCUGUGGAGUGGAGGAAGGGGCCUGAGACCCUCAAGGCUGGAGACAGAGUGAGCCUGAGGCAGGACGGAGCCGUGUGUGAGCUGGAGAUCCAUGGCCUGACCGUGGAGGAUGCCGGGGAGUACUCCUGUGUGUGCGGGCAGGAGAGAACCUCAGCCACACUCACCGUCAGGGCCCUGCCCGCCAAGUUCACCAAGGGUCUGAAGAAGGAAGAGGCCGUGGAAGGGGCCACGGCCACACUGCACUGUGAACUGAGCAAGGCAUCCCCCGUGGAGUGGAGGAAGGGGCCGGAGACCCUCAGAGCCGGGGACAGAGUGAUCCUGAGGCAGGAUGGGGCCAUGUGUGAGCUGGAGAUCCAUGGCCUGGUUGUGGCGGAUGCCGGGGAGUAUUCGUGCGUGUGUGGGCAGGAGAGGACCUCAGCCACACUCACCAUCAGGGCUCUUCCCACCAAGUUCACAAAGGGUCUGAGGAAGGAGGAGGCCACAGAGGGUGCCACGGCCAGGCUGCACUGUGAGCUCAGCAAGGCGGCUCCCGUGGAGUGGAGGAAGGGGCCCGAGACCCUCAGAGCUGGAGACAGAGUGAGCCUGAGGCAGGACGGAGCCGUGUGUGAGCUGGAGAUCUGUGGCCUGACCGAGGAGGAUGCCGGGGAGUACUCCUGUGUGUGCGGGCAGGAGAGGACCUCAGCCACACUCACCGUCAGGGCCCUGCCCGCCAAGUUCACCAAGGGUCUGAAGAAGGAAGAGGCCAUGGAAGGGGCCACGGCCACACUGCACUGUGAACUGAGCAAGGCAUCCCCCGUGGAGUGGAGGAAGGGGCCGGAGACCCUCAGAACUGGGGACAGAGUGAUCCUGAGGCAGGACGGGGCAGUGUGUGAGCUGGAGAUCCGUGGCCUGGUUGUGGCGGAUGCCGGGGAGUACUCGUGCGUGUGUGGGCAGGAGAGGACCUCAGCCACUCUCACUGUCAGGGCUCUUCCCACCAAGUUCACAAAGGGUCUGAGGAAGGAGGAGGCCACAGAGGGUGCCACGGCCAGGCUGCACUGUGAGCUCAGCAAGGCGGCCCCCGUGGAGUGGAGGAAGGGGCCCGAGACCCUCAGAGCUGGAGACAGAGUGAGCCUGAGGCAGGAUGGAGCCGUGUGUGAGCUGGAGAUCUGUGGCCUGACCGAGGAGGAUGCCGGGGAGUACUCCUGUGUGUGUGGGCAGGAGAGGACCUCGGCCACACUCACUGUCAGGGCCCUGCCUGCCACGUUCACCAAGGGUCUGAAGAAGGAAGAGGCCAUGGAAGGGGCCACGGCCACACUGCACUGUGAACUGAGCAAGGCAUCCCCCGUGGAGUGGAGGAAGGGGCCGGAGACCCUCAGAACUGGGGACAGAGUGAUCCUGAGGCAGGACGGGGCAGUGUGUGAGCUGGAGAUCCGUGGCCUGGUUGUGGCGGAUGCCGGGGAGUACUCGUGCGUAUGUGGGCAGGAGAGGACCUCAGCCACUCUCACUGUCAGGGCCCUGCCCGCCACGUUCACCAAGGGUCUGAAGAAGGAAGAGGCCAUGGAAGGGGCCACGGCCACACUGCACUGUGAACUGAGCAAGGCAUCCCCCGUGGAGUGGAGGAAGGGGCCGGAGACCCUCAGAGCCGGGGACAGAGUGAUCCUGAGGCAGGACGGGGCCGUGUGUGAGCUGGAGAUCCGUGGCCUGGUUGUGGCGGAUGCCGGGGAGUACUCGUGUGUGUGCGGGCAGGAGAGGACCUCGGCCACGCUGACCGUCAGGGCCCCACAGGUCGUGUUCAGGAAGCCACUGCAGAGCCUGCAGGCUGAGGAGGGCACCUCAGCCAGCCUGCAGUGUGAGCUGUCUGAGCCUAGUGCCGCUGUGGUCUGGAGUAAGGGUGGUCUGGAGCUGCAGGCCGAUGGGCGCCGGGAGCCACGGCAGCAAGGCCACGUGGCAGAGCUGGUGCUGCGGGACUUGCGCCGGGAGGACACUGGAGAAUACAGCUGCACCUGCGGCUCCCAGGCCACCAGUGCCACUCUCACCGUCACAGCUGCACCUGUGAGGUUCCUUCAGGAGCUGCAAGCUCAGGAGGUAGACGAGGGUGCAACAGCACACCUGCGCUGUGAGCUGAGCCGGGCAGGCACCAGCGUGGAGUGGCGCAAGGGGUCCCUGCAGCUCUUCCCCUGUGCCAAGUACCAGAUGGUGCUAGAGGGCACAGCCGCUGAGCUGCUGGUGCACGGUGCUGAGCAGGAGGACGCCGGCCACUACACCUGCGACACAGGCCACGCACAGAGCACCGUCAGCCUCUCUGUCCGCGCCCCCAGGCCCGUGUUUAAGACGGAGCUGCAGAGUGCGGAGCAGGAAGCGGGAGGUGUGGCCCGGCUGUGCUGCCAGCUGAAUAACUCGGAGCCGGGGGCUCCUGUCCUGUGGCUCAAGGAGGGUGUGGAACUGCACAUGGGUCCCAAGUAUGAGAUGCAGCGCAAGGGAGCCAUGUGUGAGCUGCUGAUUCACGGACUCGAGGCCAAGGACACAGGCGAGUACACCUGCAUGGUGGGCAGCCAGAAGACCUUGGCCUCCCUCAGCGUCAAAGAGCCUGAGGUGACCAUUGUGCGGGGCCUGGUUGACACCGAGGCACAGGCCGACGGGGAGGCAGAGUUCAGCUGUGAGGUGUCACGGGCCGGGGCCGUGGACGUGGAGUGGCGCCUCCAGGGCCUGCCACUGCAGAGCAACGAGGUGACAGACGUGGGCGUGCGGGCCGGCUGCACCCAUACGCUGCGGCUGAAGAGCGUGACUCCCGAGGACGCGGGCACUGUCUCCUUCCACGUGGGCCUCCACACAUCCUCUGCCCAGCUCACCGUCCGAGCCCCUGAGGUGACCAUCCUGGAGCCCCUGCGGGACGUGCAGCUCAGCGAGGGCCAGGACGCCCACUUCCGGUGCCGGCUGUCGAGGUCCUUGGGGCAGGAGGCCCACUGGGCCCUGGGAGGGGUGCCCCUGCAGGCCAACGAGAUGAACGACAUCACGGUGGAGCAUGGCACACUUCACCAGCUCACCCUGCACAAGGUGACCCUUGAAGAUGCCGGAGCCGUCAGUUUCCAAGUAGGCUCAUGUCGCUCAGAGGCCCAGCUGAAGGUCACAGCCAAGAACACUGUGGUGAGAGGCCUGGAGAAUGUGGAGGCACCCGAGGGCGGGGAGGCGCUGUUCGAGUGCGUCUUGUCCCAGCCGGAGGUGGCUGCCCACACCUGGCUGCUGGACGACGAGCCGGUGCGCACCUCGGAGAACGUCGAGGUGGUCUACUUUGAGAAUGGCCUGCGACACCUGCUGCUGCUCAAAAACCUGCGGCUGCAAGACAGCUGCCGGGUGACCUUCCUGGCGGGGGACAUGGUGACAUCUGCGUUCCUCACCGUCAGAGGCUGGCGCUUGGAGGUCUUGGAGGCACCCCGGGACGUGGCCGUGCGAGCCGGGGGGCAGGCCAGCUUCAGCUGCACCCUCAGCGAGACGGUGCUGGUGGGCGAGGCGACCUGGUACAUAAACGGAGCCUUGGUGCAGCCGGACGACGUGGACUGGACAGUCACCGCUGAAGGCAGCCAUCACUCUCUGCUUCUGCACCAGGCCCAGCCGCACCACGCCGGCGAGGUCACCUUCGCUGCCCGUGACGCCGUGGCCUCCGCGAGGCUCACUGUGCUGGGCCUCCCUGACCCCCCAGAGGAUGCCGAGGUGGUGGGGCGCAGCGGCAGCUCCGUGACGUUGUCUUGGGUGGCUCCCACAAGCGACGGCGGAGGUGGUCUCUGCGGCUAUCGCGUAGAGAUGAAGGCAGCGGCCACGGGAGAGUGGCGGCUGUGUCACGAGCUGGUGCCUGGGCCCGAGUGCGUGGUGGAUGGCCUGGCCCCCGGGGAGACCUACCGCUUCCGUGUGGCCGCAGUGGGCCCGGCAGGCUCUGGGGAACCUGUGUACCUGCCCCAGACAGUGAGGCUUGCAGAGCCCCAGGAGCCCACGCCUGCCUCCCCCGCCGCCCCUGCCCCCGAGAGCCUGCAGGUGGCAGCUGGAGAGGACCUGUGCCUGGAGUGCGAGGUGGCUGAGGCCGGUGAGGUGGUCUGGCUGAAGGGAACAGAGCGCGUCCAGCCCAGUGGGCGCUUCCAGGUUCUCUGCCAGGGUCAGCGGCAGACGCUCUUGAUUCAGGGCUUCUCGGCAGAGGACCAGGGCGAGUACCGCUGUGCCCCUGUACGGGACCCGGCGUCGGUGGCAGCUGCCGCCUUCCAGGUGGUGCUGACCCCAGGAUCUGAGGAUGAGGUCCCCACACAGCCCAGCCUGCCCCCUGAGGCGGCCCAGGAAGGCGACCUGCACCUGCUGUGGGAGGCCCUGGCCCGGAAGCGCCGCAUGAGCCGUGAGCCUACGCUGGACUCCAUCAGCGAGCUGCCCGAGGAGGACGGACGCCCCCAGGGCCUGCGGCAGGAAGUGGAGGAGGCGGCUCCGGACCUCUCAGAGGACUAUUCCACGGCUGACGAGCUGGCACGCACGGGCGAGGCUGACCUCUCACACACCAGCUCUGACGACGAGUCCCGUGCGGGCACUCCUUCCCUGGUUACCUACCUCAAGAAGGCUGGGAGGCCCAGUGCGUCCCCACUGGCCAGCAAGGUGGGGGCCCCAGCACCCCCCUCUGGGAAACCACAAAAUCAGCAGGAGAAGCCAGCUGCAGUACCCCCACCACCAAGAGGUCUGAGCGUUGGGGACCUGAGUGACCCGUCCAUGGACAAGGCGGCAGUGAAGAUCCAGGCUGCCUUCAAGGGUUAUAAGGUCCGGAAGGAGAUGCAGCUGCAGGAGGGACCUGUGUUCUGCCGCACGUUUGGGGACACCGUGGCGCAGGUGGGAGAUGUCCUGCAUCUGGAGUGUGUUGUGUCCAGCAAGGCAGAUGUGCAUGCCCGCUGGCUGAAGGACGGUGUGGAGCUGACUGACGGCCGGCACCACCACAUUGACCAGCUUGGGGAUGGCACCUGCUCUCUGCUGGUCACUAGCCUCAGCCAGGCUGACGCUGGCCACUAUACCUGUCAGGUCAGCAACAAGUUUGGCCACGUGACCCACAGUGCCUGUGUGGUGGUCACUGGGACGGAGAGUGAGACCGAGAGUUCCUCCGGGGGUGAACUGGAUGACACCUUACGCCGGGCCGCCCGGCGGCUGCACCGCCUCUUCCGCACCAAGGGCCCAGCAGAGGUUUCGGAUGAGGAGAUCUUCUUUAGCGCUGACGAGGGCAGGGCAGAGCCCGAGGAGCCUGGGGACUGGCAGACGUACCGCGAAGACGAACACUCCAUCUGCAUCCGCUUCGAGACGCUUGCCGAGGCCCGCCGGGCAGCCAGCUGCUUCCGGGAGAUGUUUGGCACACAGGGCACAGGAGUGGACAUCAGCCUGUCAGAGCAGGGGCUGCAUGGGGUGGAGAUGCGCAUUGACAAGGUGGCCCCCACCCCCGCAGCGCCUCCGGAGCCAGAGCUGACCACAGAGGCUGCCCCGGUGUUCCUGACCGAGCUGCAGAAUCAGGAGGUGCUGGAUGGGUACCCCGUGAGCUUCGACUGUGUGGUGACAGGCCAGCCUGUGCCCAGUGUGCGCUGGUUCAAGGACGGGAGGGUGCUGGAGGAGGAUGACCACUACAUGAUCAGUGAGGACCAGCAGGGUGGCCACCAGCUCAUCAUUACUGCUGUGGUGCCAGCAGACAUGGGUGUCUACCGCUGCCUGGCCGAGAACAGUGUGGGUGUGUCCUCUACCAAGGCGGAGCUCCGCGUGGACCUGACCAGCACUGACUACGACACUGCUGCAGAUGCCACGGAGACGUCAUCCUAUUUCAGCGCCCAAGGCUACCUGUCCAGCCGGGAGCAAGAGGGCACGGAGUCUACCUCAGAGGAGGGGCAGCUGCCCCAGGUUGUGGAGGAGUUGAAAGACCUCCAGGUGGCCCCUGGCACGCGCCUGGCCAAGUUCCAGCUCAAAGUGAAAGGCUACCCCACGCCUCGGCUGUACUGGUUCAAAGACGGCCAGCCCCUGACCGCAUCUGCGCACAUCCGCAUGGCUGACAGGAAGACAGUGCACACCCUGGAGAUUGUCUCAGUUACCGGCGAGGAUGCUGGCCAGUACUCGGCCUACAUCAGCAACACUGUGGGUGCUGCUUAUUCAUCUGCUCGGCUGCUGGUCCGAGGCCCUGGAGAACCAGAAGAGAAGCCAGCAUUAGAUGUACACCAACAGCUGGUUCCACCCCGAUUCCUGGAGAAGUUCACCUCCAAGAAGGUGAAGAAGGGCUCCAGCAUCACCUUCUCAGUGAAGGUUGAAGGAAACCCACCCCCAGCCGUGCACUGGCUGCGGGAGGAGGCUGAGCAGGGUGUGCUGUGGAUCGGCUGCCACACACCGGGCUAUACGGUGGCCAGCUCUGCCCAGCAGCACAGCCUGGUCCUGCUGGAUGUGGGCCGACAGCACCAGGGCACAUACACCUGCAUCGCCACCAAUGCUGCUGGCCAGGCCCUCUGUUCUGCAAGUUUGCACGUCUCUGGCUUGCCUAAGGAGGCUGGGGCAGUGGAAGAGCAGCCCGGGGUGAAGGAGGCCCUCAUCUCCACCUUCCUGCAAGGGACCCAAGCUGUUUCCGCACAGAUGUCAGAACCUGCGGGUUUUGCUGACCUCUUUGGGCAGAGGAAAGGAGAGCUCCUGGCAGCAGAGGCCUGUGGCCACCUGUCCUUGGCCGAGGUGGGCACAGAGGAGUUCCUGAAGAAGCUCACCUCGCAGAUCACAGAGAUGGUGUCAGCCAAGAUCACACAGGCCACGCUGCAGGUGCCAGGAGGUGACAGCGACGAGGAGUCCAAGACGCCAUCCGCGUCCCCCCGGCAUGGCCGUUCACGCCCCUCUUCCAGCGUUCAGGAGUCGUCCUCCGAGUCUGAGGAUGGAGACUCCCGGGGAGAGAUCUUUGACAUCUAUGUGGUCACAGCUGACUACCUGCCCCUGGGGGCUGAGCAGGAUGCCAUCCUGCUGCGGGAGGGCCAGUAUGUGGAGGUGCUGGACUCGGCCCACCCGCUGCGUUGGCUUGUGCGUACCAAACCCACCAAGUCCAGCCCCUCUCGGCAAGGCUGGGUGUCCCCUGCUUACCUGGACAAGCGACUCAAGCUGUCACCCGAGUGGGGGCCCGCUGAGGCCCCUGAGUUCCCUGGCGAAGCUGUAUCGGAGGAUGAGUACAAGACGCGGCUGAGCUCCAUCAUCCGGGAGCUGCUGAGCUCGGAGCAGACCUUUGUGGGCAAGCUGCAGUUCCUGCAGACCCACCACAUGCAGUACAUGGACCGCUGCCCCCACGUGCCCACGGCCGUGGCCAGCCAGAAGGCAGUCAUCUUCCGAAAUGUGCAGGACAUCAGCCAGUUCCACAGCAGCUUCUUACAGGAGCUGCGUAGCUGCGACACGGAUGACGAUGUGGCCAUGUGCUUCAUCAAGAACCAGGCGGCCUUUGAGAAGUACCUGGAGUUCCUGGUGGGCCGAGUGCAGGCCGAGUCGGUGAUGGUCAGCACGGCAGUGCAGGAGUUCUACAAGAAAUACACUGAGGAGGUGCUGUCGGCUGCAGGUCCCUCGCAGCCCCCCCCACCACCACUGCAGCACUUCCUGGAGCAGCCGGUGGAGCGGGUGCAGCAGUACCAGGCCCUGCUCAAGGAGCUGAUCCGCAACAAGGCGCGGAACGGACAGAACUGCGCGCUGCUGGAGCAGGCCUACGCCGUGGUGUCGGCCCUGCCUCAGCGAGCCGAGAACCAGCUGCACGUGUCGCUCAUGGAGAACUACCCAGGCACCCUGGAGGCCCUGGGCGAGCCCAUCCGCCAGGGCCACUUCGUCGUAUGGGAGGGGGCACCGGGUGCGCGGAUGCCAUGGAAGGGCCACCACCGGCAUGUCUUCCUGUUCCGCCACCACCUGGUGGUCUGCAAGCCCAGACGGGACUCACGCACUGACACCUUCAGCUACGUCUUCCGGAACAUGAUGAAGCUCAGCAGCAUCGACCUGAACGACCAGGUGGAGGGCGAUGACCGUGCCUUUGAGGUUUGGCAUGAGCGGGAGGACUCCGUGCGCAAGUACCUGCUGCAGGCGCGGACGGUCAUCACUAAGAACUCCUGGGUGAAGGAGAUCUGUGGCAUCCAGCAGCGCCUGGCCCUGCCUGUCUGGCGCCCCCCGGAUUUUGAAGAGGAGCUGGCCGACUGCACAGUUGAGCUGGGCGAGACAGUCAAGCUGGCCUGCCGUGUGACGGGCACACCCAAGCCCAUUGUCAGCUGGUACAAAGAUGGGAAGCCAGUGGAGGUGGACCCGCACCACAUCCUCAUCGAAGACCCCGACGGCUCGUGUGCCCUCAUCCUGGACAACCUGAUGGGCGUCGACUCUGGCCAGUACAUGUGCUUUGCAGCCAGUGCUGCUGGCAAUGCCAGCACCUUGGGCAAGAUAUCGGUGCAAGUCCCCCCGCGGUUUGUGAACAAGGUCCGAGCAGUGCCCUUUGUGGAGGGAGAAAAUGCCCAGAUCACCUGCACCAUCGAAGGUGCCCCACACCCUCAGAUCAGGUGGUACAAGGAUGGGGCCCUGCUGACCCCUGGGGGCAAAUAUCAGACCCUGAGUGAGCCCCACAGUGGCCUGCUGGUGCUGGAGAUCCGGGCAGCUGGCAAGGAGGACCUGGGCCUCUAUGAGUGUGAGUUGGUGAACCGGCUGGGCUCCACGCGGGGCGGGGUGGAGCUGUUCACGCAGAGCCCAGCGCUGCAGACCCGAGAGCAGCACCGCAUGGGGCAGCUCGCUGCCGUGGAAGACACUGCCCUGGAGCAAGGGGACAAGGAGAGCCUGUCCAUCCAGAGGACACUGGUGUGCCCUGAGUCUCCGGGACCCGCCGCAGGGGAACAGGGACCCACCACAGGGGAGCAUACCCGUCCUGGCCCCAGACCUGGGGAGCCACCUGAACUCCAGGAGGCCGGCCCGAAGCCCCCAGGCACAGAGGCUGGGGAUGCGUCCAGCGAACCCCAGAAGGUGCCGCAACCUCUCUCCCAUGAGGGCCUGGAGCAGAGCUCUCGGGCACGUGCUGAGGUCCAGGAACGCAUGGUGCCCAUCCGGAUGGAGGGCGCUGCCUGGCCUGGGGCAGGUGCGACAGAGCUCUGGGACAUCCACAGCCAUGUGUUCACAGAGACCACGCACAGGACAUAUGUGUACCAGGCCAGCGACACCCACACGGCACGGCCCCCAUCCAUGCAGGUCACCAUUGAAGAUGUGCAGGCCCAGAGGGGUAGCAUGGCACAGUUCCAGGCAGUCAUUGAGGGCAGCCCGCAGCCCACGGUGACCUGGUACAAGGACGGUGCCCAGCUGGGGGACGGCCCCCGGCUCAGCCAGCAGCAGGAAGGGACCACGUACUCCCUGGUGCUGAGGGACGUGGCGCGGAGUGAUGCUGGUGUCUACACGUGCCUGGCCCACAACGCUGGCGGCCAGGUGCUGUGCAAGGCAGAGCUGCUGGUCCAUGGGGGGGACAGUGAGCAAAGCUCUAGGAGGAAACUGCACUCCUUCUAUGAGGUCAAGGAGGAAAUUGGAAGGGGUGUGUUCGGCUUCGUGAAGAGGGUGCAGCACAAGGGCAACCAGAUGUCCUGCGCCGCCAAGUUCAUCCCCCUGCGGAGCAGGACGCGUGCCCAGGCUUAUCGGGAACGGGACGUCCUCGCGGGGCUGAGCCACCCGCUGGUCACUGCGCUGCUGGACCAGUUUGAGACCCGAAAGACCCUGAUCCUCAUCCUGGAGCUGUGCUCUUCGGAGGAGCUGCUGGACCGCCUGUUCAAGAAGAGCGUGGUGACAGAGGCCGAGGUCAAGGUCUACAUCCAGCAGCUGGUAGAGGGGCUGCACUACCUGCACAGCCAAGGCAUCCUCCACCUGGACAUAAAGCCCCCCAACAUCCUCAUGGUGCAUCCUGCUCGGGAAGACAUUAAAAUCUGCGAUUUUGGCUUUGCCCAAAAAAUCACCCCGACUGAGCCUCAGUACAGCAAGUACGGCUCCCCUGAGUUUGUGGCCCCUGAGAUCAUCGAGCAGACCCCCGUGAGCGAGGCCUCCGACGUCUGGGCCAUGGGGGUCAUCUCCUACCUCAGCCUGACCUGUUCAUCCCCAUUUGCUGGCGAGAGUGACCGAGCAACCCUUCUGAACGUCCUGGAAGGGCGGGUGUCCUGGAGUAGCCCUAUGGCCAGCCAUCUCAGUGAGGAUGCCCAGGACUUUAUCAAGGCGGCCCUGCAGAAGGCCGCGGAGGCCCGGCCCAGUGCCGCCAAGUGCCUUGCUCACCCCUGGUUCCUGAAGUCUGUGCCUGCGGAGGAGGCCCACUUCAUCAACACCAAGCAGCUGAAGUUCCUCCUGGCCCGCAGCCGCUGGCAGCGCUCCCUGAUGAGCUACAAGUCCAUCCUGGUGAUGCGCUCCAUCCCAGAGCUGCUGCAGGGCCCGCCCGACAGCCCGUCCCUCGGGGUGGCCCGCCACCUGCGCGGUGACGCCAGCGCCUCCUCCAGCAGCUCUGCCUCCUCCGACAAUGAGCUGGCACCGUUCCCCCGGGCAAAGUCGCUGCCACCCUCCCCGGUGACCCACUCCCCUCUGCUGCACCCGCGGGGCUUCCUGCGGCCUUCGGCCAGCCUGCCCGAGGAGGCCGAGGCCUGCCCACCUGCUGCAGCCUCGCCUCUGCCUGCGUCACCCCAGGGCGCAGAGCCGCCAGCUGCCCCGGGCUCUGUGCCGCGGGAGAGUGUCAUCCGAAGCCUGUUCUACCAGCAGGUGGGAGAGGGCCCAGAGCUAGGCGGCCUGUCCGCAGGCAGCAGGCGGCACCCCGCCCGCCGGCGGCACCUGCUCAAGGGUGGCUACUUCUCGGGCGCCCUGCCCGGCCUUCGAGAGCCACUGCUGGAGCACCGUGCGCGGGAGGAGGCGGCUGCCAGGGAGGAGCACGCCACCCUGAUGGCCAAAGCACCCUCCUUUGAGAGCGCCCUGCAGGUGCCCCGUGCAAGCACCCGUGAGGCCUCUGGCUUCAGCCGCUCCCUGGACCUUGACUUGCCGAACACUGGCAGCCCCUCUGCCGAGGCCUGCAGCAAGGGGCAGUGUCCCACUCAGGCCCCUUCAAGCCUUCCGGGGGCCCAAGGAAAGAGCAUGCCUGGAGGGGAUGCACGUGCCAGGGAGAAGGAGCACCUAGAGGGAUCCCUGCAGGGCCUGAGAUUCCUUCCAUCCACUGGCGGUGAUGGGUGCUCCACUCAGCAAGAGGACGCACUCCAGGACAGCUGCGGAGGGCAGGCUGCCCCUUUCUUUCAACCCCAGAGGAGUCCUGCCCCCCAGGACUGUGGCCCCCCUGCUGCUUUUGCACCACAACCUCCUGGCCCCUUCCCUCCAGGGCACUGCACAGAGGCCCUGUUGACAUCCCCGAGCCCUUUCUCCUCAGGAGAGCCGCAGGCCUCCCUCUCCCCAGCCCAAACAAGCCCCCAGUCAGAAUCUGAGAGGGGGCCGAAGGACAUCCCUCUCGCCGGGAGGCCUGGUCCACUCGGACCCCCAGAGCCAGCUUCCCAUAUGGGCACAGAGCCUGGCCCCUCCCUGGACACCGAAGGCCUGGCCCAGGAGACAGAGGACCUGUCCCCGCCUUCGCCCACCCCACAGAGGCCUCAGGAGCAGGCGACCACACGGAAGUUCUCCCUGGGAUGCCGUGGGGGCUUUGCGGGGGUGGCGGGCUACGGCACCUUUGCCUUUGGUGGGGACGCUGGUGGCAUGCUGGGGCAGGGCCCCCUGUGGGCCAAGAUGACCUGGGCUACCUCUCAGUCCUCGGAGGAGCAGGAUGAGGCAGAGGCCGAGAGCCCAGCGCCCCAGGCCAGCACAGUGCCUCCACCCGAGGGUGGCGGGGCCCUCCCGCAGGCCUCCCCGGAGGUGAGCGUGUGGGAAGACACGGGUGGGGGCUCUCAGGUGUCGCUUGUACAGAUCCGGGACCUGUCCAGGGACCCGGAGGCUGACACUGUGUCCCUGGACAUCUCGGAGGUGGAUCCUGCUUACCUCAAUCUGUCUGACCUGUACGACAUCAAAUACCUGCCAUUUGAGUUCAUGAUCUUCCGGAAGGUCCCCAAGCCCGUGAGGCCAGAGCGGCCACCCUCCCCUGAGUCUGAGGCUGGGGAGGAGCUGGCUGAGCUCCCAGAGGCCACGUGGCCCUGGCCAGGCGUGCUGGGCCUGCCCGCCAGCCUGGAGAUCACAGAGGAGCCAGAGGACAUGGAGGCCCUGCUCGGGGAGGCUGCUGGUGGCAGGAAGCGCAAGUGGUCACCCUCUUCUAGCAAUCUCUUCCACUUCCCCGGGAGGCGCUCACUGCUGGAGGAACCCACGGAGCUGGGGCUGCGCCGGAGGGUGAGGGCCUCGGUGGCCCACAUCUCCCGCCUCCUGAGGGGCAAGCCUGAAGGUCUGGAGAAGGAGGGCCCCCCCAGGAAGAAGGCAGGCCUAGCUUCCUUUCGCCUAUCAGGCCUGAAGAGCAGGGACCGAGCACCAUCGUUCCUAAGGGAGCUCUCGGACGAGACGGUGGUCCUGGGCCAGUCUGUGACUCUGGCCUGCCAGGUAUCAGCCCAGCCAGCUGCACAGGCCACCUGGAGUAAAGACGGGGCUCCUCUCGAGAGCAGCAGCCGCCUCCUCAUCUCCUCCACGCUCAAGAACUUCCAGCUUCUGACCAUCCUGGUGGUGACCGCCGAGGACCUGGGCGUGUACACCUGCAGCGUGCGCAACGCGCUGGGGACCGCGGCCACCACAGCCAUCCUCCGGAAGGCAGAGCGCCCCUCUUGCUCCCCACGCCCGGACAUCGGGGAGGUGUAUGCGGAUGGGGUGCUGCUGGUCUGGAAGCCUGUGGAGUCAUAUGGUCCUGUGACCUAUAUCGUGCAGUGCUGCCUGGAAGGUGGCAGCUGGAGCACGCUGGCCUCGGACAUCUUUGACUGCUGCUACCUCACUGGCAAGCUUUCUCGGGGCGGGGUGUAUACCUUCCGGACGGCCUGUGUCAGUAAGGCGGGCAUGGGCCCCUACAGCAGCCCCUCGGAGCAGGUCCUCCUGGGAGGACCCAGCCACCUGGCCUCUGAAGAGGAGAGCGGCGCCUCAGGGCCAGCCCAGCCUCUCCCCAGCACGCAGACCUUCUCCUUCCAGACACAGAUCAGAAGGGGCCGCUUCAGCGUGGUGCGGCAGUGCCGGGAGAAGGCCAGUGGACGCAUGCUGGCUGCCAAGAUCGUGCCCUACCACCCUGAGAACAGGACUGCCGUGCUGCGGGAAUACGAGGCCCUCAAGGGCUUGCGCCACCCUCACCUGGCACAGCUGCAGGCUGCCUACCUCAGCCCCCGGCACCUGGUCCUCAUCUUGGAGCUGUGCUCUGGGCCUGAGCUGCUCCCCUGUCUGGCCGAAAGGUCCACCUACUCGGAAUCGGAGGUGAAGGACUAUCUGUGGCAGGUGCUGAGUGCCACCCAGUACCUGCACGCCCAGGGUGUCCUGCAUCUAGACCUCAGGUCGGAGAACAUGAUUGUCACAGAGUACAACCUGCUGAAGGUCAUCGACUUGGGAAAUGCCCAGAGCUUGGCCCAGGAGAGGGUCCCGCCCUCAGAGAGGUUCAAGGACUACGUGGAGACCAUGGCUCCAGAGCUCCUAGAGGGCCAGGGUGCCGUGGUGCAGACCGACAUCUGGGCCAUAGGCGUUACGGCCUUCAUUAUGUUGAGCGCUGAGUACCCGGUGAGCAACGAGGGAAGCCGAGACCUGCAGAAAGGCCUGCGCAAAGGGCUCACCCAGCUGAGCCGCUGCUAUGCGGGGCUGUCGGGGGGCGCUGUGGCCUUCCUCCGCAGCACCCUGUGCGCCCACCCCUGGGGCCGGCCUUGCGCGUCCAGCUGCCUGCAGUGCCCGUGGCUGACGGAGGAGGGCCCAGCCAGCUCCCAGCCCGCGGCGGUGACCUUCCCCACUGAACGUCUGCGCGCCUUCGUGCGGGAGCGCGAGAAGAGGCGGGCGCUGCUGUACAAAAAACACAACCUGGCCCAGGUGCGCUGAACGCCUGGUCCUGCUCCUGUGGGGCCGCACCUCUCAGGCUUUCAGGACUCCCUGCAUGUGCGUACGCACAUCAAUAAAAAGCAGA